AUGAUAAAAUACUUGAGAAUUUUUGGCAAAGUUGACAAUGAAAAGAAUAACAGUUGAUGAGAAACUUCGUACAGCUCCAGCCAGCAACAGGAAUGAUCUUUCAAUGUCACUUCUGUCUGGCACCUGGAGCUACGUUGUUUAUUGCACCAAUGGAUAAUGUCUAACAAAAAGAACUGAUGAAAUUUGAUAAACGCUAUUUAUGAGAGAAAUAAUGGAACAGGCCUCGUACUGCUAACAUCAAUGCAAAUGUCCAAUUUUCGUUGCCAUUCUUUUGAAAGCAAUGGUUUCAAAUCGAUUGGACUUUGGGCUCAUUGGUGAAAGUGGCGUGGCCAUGCGACACGCUUUUUCAUUUUUCACAUAGAAAAUAUAUUCUUGGUUACAAUUACAAUACAUAAAGAUACCUAACGUAUUAAUUUGUGUAUUCGUUACAUCUGUUUGAGCAGAAAAUUUGAUAAGAAUAGUCUUUUAGGGGAGUGAGAAAGAAACAUGGCUGGAGAGGAGGAGAAUAAUGUCCUGAUGGAGCAGAAAAGUCUGGAAAGUGAGGCAGGAUCGGAGGAGCCACCUCCCAAGAGGCUCAAGACAUCUCAAUGUCCCUUUCAGCGCUCCAAAGUUGAGCAUAAUUCAGUCCAUGCAGCGAGUGCUGGUGAUGGUGUACCUGAUUAUGACAAUUCUGACGAAGAGGGGGGUGACGGGGUGAAAGAGGGGAUGGAGCAAGAUAAUAAUCAUAGGGUAAAUGAUCAGAACGAGAGGGAUGGGGAGAGCGAAAAGAAUAUGUCUGAUAUUGCGAAUGGAUACAAUCAAAGUUACCAAUCUGACGCUGAUGAAGACGACUUGAGGCAGUUUGAUGUUCUUGAUGAUCUUGGGAGAAAUUCAGAUCAAGAAGGGUCCGAUUAUGACACUGAUACCAAUGAGAGCAUGGAUUCUGAUGUACCUGAUGAGGAAAUUGAAGCUAUGCUGGAGGAAGGUCUUCCUGAGGAAUUCAAAGGGAAGAAGAAGAGAAAAAAUGAUUGCAGGCCUUAUGAAGAAAAAGAAAAACUGGUUCUGGAUGAGAUUGGACACAACCAUUUCGACGUCUUACCUGAGGGUUGGGUCCAAGUAACUCAUAACAGUGGAAUGCCAUUAUAUCUCCACAAACAGAGUCGCGUUUGCACACUCGCAAAGCCUUAUUUCCUGGGUCCAGGAAGUGUACGAAAACAUGAAGUACCUGUUAGUGCAGUGCCAUGUCUUCAAUACAAACGUGCCCUACAAGAAGAAGAGGAGGAACGCCGAAAGGAGAAAGAACGAGAGCCAACAGCUGAAGCUUGCACACUGCCAAGUGCUAAGAUUGAAACAAUCCAGGAGAACUUAGCAGCACACUCACUAGACAGCGAACAACUGCGGAAUUAUUGUCAGAGUAUCUUUAGGUUCAAAGCCAUUAAAGUCAUGAGAUUUCAGUCAUGGUCAGCUAGGAGAAAAUUUACAAAGAAUAAGAAGCAUAGGAAACAAUUGGAAAGACCAACACUGCCAGACGGUACCAAACUUAUAACAUUUCCGAUUGGAAGUGCCACUUCUACUAGAAAUGGCAGUCCUGGGGCUGGGGAUGAUGCUGGGGGACAACGACCUGCUAAACACUGGAUUAUGAAUCCUUCGGGGAAAAGUUCUGUCUGUAUUUUGCAUGAGUAUGUUCAACAUGCUUUAAAAAAACAGCCCACGUACAAAUUCAAAGAAUUAGAAAAUGCUGCAACACCCUAUUCUGCAGUAGUUUGCAUCAAUGACAUGGAAUAUGGGAGUGGUUUUGGCAGCAGUAAAAAACAGGCGAAAACUGAUGCCGCGCGGAAAACUCUGGAAAUUCUCAUUCCCCAGAUGAGAGAUAAAAUAUCGGGCGAAGCAACCAGUGAUAGUACCACAAAUUCUGCACGAACAACGAAAGCCUCCAGAGGCAAUUCAGAUGCUGAUCUAUCGUUUUUCGAUGAAAUUUCCAUUACCGAUCCCAGAGUUGCUGAAUUCUGCGCUAAAACAACUGAACCAUCGCCGCAUGCCAUUUUAAUUACUUGUUUGCAAAGGAAUUUUGGCCUUGGCGACAUGCAUAUUAAUUACUCGGUUAAUACACUUAAACAUCAGAGGAACGAAUUCACGAUGAAAGUGGGGAAACACGAGGCUACUGUGAUAUGUAGAAAUAAAAAAGAUGGAAAGCAAAGAGCAGCCCAAGAGAUCCUCCAGCGUCUCCACCCCCACAUAACAUCCUGGGGCUCCCUUCUCCGUCUCUACGGCUCCCGCAGUGUAAAGUCAUUCAAAGAGAAAAAACAACUGGAGCAGGAAAUAACACUACUCCAGGGUAAAGCUGCAGUCAAUCAACCAAAUCAUGCAAUUCUUGGGAAAUUGCGACAGGAGAUGAAGAAACUGUCGGAACAGCAUCAGGCCAUACAACCCAUUGGUAAAUUCGUACCACCAGACCUGCCAACUGGAUCAGCUGCCAAUCUCAACAAUGUUGAUCUGUAGAUGAUGGUUGAUCCAUUAGAUUUUUUGGGGCAUUAGCCGGUAUCACCGUAAAGGAUGUGGUAGUGGUGAUGAAAGAAGUCAACAUUUUAAAUAAAUCAUGCAAUAAAAAGUAUUCGAAAGGCUAUAAGCGAGAAAUAUUGAUAGAUCGCCAAGAAAAUAUCUAUGAAUUUGAUUUAACCAAAACAAAAUGGCAUCCAAAACCUUGAUAUCACUUGGCAAAUGGCAUAAAUCGCUGGUUAUGAAUAUACCAAAGGAUUUUAUUCCUACUUGAAGAUUAUAUUUCUGUAUUUCAAAUUUAUGUUAACAAAGAUACUACCAUAUCCUUGAUGCACUUACAACCAAGAUUCAUGUCUUGUAUAGCUGCCAAUACUAGAAUUCUUAUCAAGACUGUAUUAAUUAGGUUUUAUUUAUUGUUCUUGGCAACAAAUUUUGUUAGAAUUCUUGAAAUCAGAUCAUUGUGAUAGCUUAUAGACAAUUUUAUAUAAUAGCAAUUCAGUACAACUGAAGGAAUUGUAAAUACUGCCUUAUUUUCACUCUUUUGUUGUUGUAAUGAUUUUUUUUCCCCAAGAAUUUUCAUCGGAUACUUUAUUUCUGUAACUUUUUUUUUUCAUUACAAUAUUUUCAAAUUCGUAAGUAUAUAAUAUUGCAUUAGUAUUUAAUAUUAUAUACAGUUAAAAACUAUAUUUUCAGUGACUCCUCUUCUGUUUUGUUUGACAUGUUCUCUGGAAUCUACAGACAUUGUAACAAGUAUUAAAACACCUCCAAAGAAAACAUUUGGGUUUUACAAAAAAGUACGCCCAUGUGUUUUGCGCAUUACAUUGACACAGAUAUGCAUUUGUUUUGUCUCAGGCGAAUGGAUUGGUUCACAUAUUGGGUUGAUAUAAAAUAAACGUGUCAAUAUUUCUAGAGAUAA